GUUUCUUUCUCUCUCCUUCUCUUUCUUUAGGGCAUCAUUAUCAUCGGAGCGGCGAUCGAAGGAUGACGACGGCGGCUCGUCCGACGUGGGCUCCGGCGAAGGGCGGCAACGAGCAGGGUGGUACCCGGAUCUUCGGCCCUUCCCAGAAGUACUCCUCUCGGGAUCUCGCCUCUCACACCAACCUCAAGCCGAGGAGGGAAGGGCAGGACACGCAGGAGGAGGUGCAGAAGAGAAACCUCCGUGAUGAGCUCGAGGAGCGGGAGCGCCGCCACUUCUCCUCCAAGGAUAAGUCCUACUCUGAGGAUAGGGAUCGGAGGAAGGGAUCGUCAUCUGGGCAAUUUUUGCUAGAAGGGGGUAAGAAGGAGAUUGAAGACCGGAUUUUUCCAAAGAAUAUAGAUGCUGAUGACUCUGAUGUCGAUGCCAAGAGUGACAAUGAGAGUGAUGAUGAUGACGAUGAUGAUGAUGAGGAUGACACUGAAGCUUUGUUGGCUGAGCUUGAACGGAUAAAGAAAGAGAGAGCUGAGGAAAAGCUCCGAAAGGAUCGGGAGAAACAAGAAGAAGAACUGAAGGCUAAAGAGGCCGAAUUGCUGCGUGGCAACCCGUUGAUCAAUCUCAAUGACUCUACAUCCUUCAAUGUCAAGAGAAGGUGGGAUGAUGAUGUUGUCUUCAAGAACCAGACUCGUGGGGAAACCAAAGCCCCUAAACGAUUCAUCAAUGAUACCAUCAGAAAUGACUUCCAUCGCAAAUUUCUACAGAAAUAUAUGAAGUAGUCCUUUACUGAAUGUGCUUGAAAUCUCUGUGAUGGAAAUGUAAUCCCUUUCCCGUUUGCUGCUGUAAUAUAUGAAAUUUCCAGUUCCAGCACAAACCAACCCAUGUUUCUUGUAUGAAGGUUGAACAAGCCAGAACUUGUCCACUGCCUGUGUCACAUCGUUGUGCUAUUGUUCUAGUGGAAAAUUAACCAAUUAUUUUAGCACAUCAUAUGCUGUGAUUUGUGAACUAUACUUUUUUACUUCAGAUUUUUCAGAGCCUGGGGCCAAUGCUUCUA